CCUCAGCCAGCCUCGUGCACUAGUCUAUUCCUGCACACCGCCUCUUGCAAGCCACCUGUCACUAGCCCCUUCACCCCCCGUCAUGCCUCUUCUCAGCUACAUCGCCGGCUUCUCUGCCCUCGGGUUCGGCGUCCGCUGCUAUCAGCUCGCCAUCCUCAAGCGCAACAUCUUCGACAACCUCGGCGGCCACGCCCUCUCGACGGCUGCGUUUGCCGGCAUCGGCUACUACGCCUACAACGCAGAGCAGUACCAGCGCGAGCUCAUCGCCGACAAGAAGGAGCAGCUCCUCCGCAUGCGGGAAAAGGACGAGACGCUCCUCUCGAGCGCGUCGGGCCGCGUCUCGGCCUCGUCGCACCACUGAGCGCCAUCGACGAGCGGCGACGAGCGCGGGCAGGGGCCGAGUGGGCGCGUGUAGAAGAGUGCAUCGGGAUUCUCUGUGCUUCC